AUGCUAAAUCGUGUUAACUUGGGCUUUUAUCGAUCGACGAUUGCCGCUGGAACAGAACUUGCUCUCUUAUUGGCUGAAUCUCUUCCUACAGGAUUGAAGUCGGAGUCCAUUAGGAAAUUGGCUAGGCGUGAUGUGGCUUCUGGAAAAGAUGGAUUACCAUGUGGCUCAACAUCAUUCAGUUGCUUUUCACGGGAUGCUACUUCUAAUACCAAAGGUGAAGUAGAUGGUAAUUCUGGUAUCAAAGGGGAGACUGACCAAGAGUCUGUUGGAGACCUUGGUAUUUACAAUCCACCGACUAGUAGUUACAAUUAUUACUACCCAGAGUAUAAUGGAUCCUUCACACAAUUGGAUGAUCAUGUGUAUCGGUUGAUCACAUCAGGGAUGCAAUCAGACAAUGGAUCACUAGUCUAUUAUUUACCUGGCUAUAAUCCAUAUGCUUCUGGGGCAGUGGUUGGGGUAGAUGGGCAAAGUGUUGGUCAACAAGCAUAUUUUUCUUCACCUGGAUACCUUCCACAUCCUGUUUUCUAUGGAUCAGAAGCCAUGCCUUGCUAUUCAUGGGAUUCAGCAUAUUUUAGUGAUGUCUCAAAUGGCAAUACUGGUUCUCAAAAUGGAAAAUAUGGAUCAGCUUCUACUUUUGCCAAGUCCAGUGGUUUUAACUAUAUGAAGUCUAACGACAAUACUGCUGGCAAAUCCUCUAAGUCUACUAAUACACAAGCAAUCAGACCUUUAAACAAGGUGUCUGCAUUGGGUUCUGAUUUCUCAGCAGGCCUCUCGAAAGGAUACCAUUCUGUAGGAAAUUUGCCUCCUUUUUCUAUCCAAAAACAUGGUCCAUUCCCGCAUAAUUGUCCUAUGAACUAUAGACAGAACGGAAGGAUAUGGAAUGGAAAUGAUAGAAAUAAAUCUGGAGACAGAUUCUAUAAAAACAGUGAUUUUGAAACCUCAAAUGAACUAACUUCUGGUCCUAGGGGCUCUAACAAAUUUCCUUCUCUGGAGACUGCUGUCAAGGAAGACUUGGGAAUCACUGUACAAAGAGAUCAGUAUAACAAACCAGAUUUUGAAACUAAGUACGCAGAUGCUAAGUUCUAUGUUAUCAAAUCUUACAAUGAAGAUGACAUUCAUAAGAGCAUUAAAUAUGAUGUAUGGGCAAGCACUCCAAAUGGAAAUAAGAAGUUAGAUGCAGCAUUCCGUGAAGCAGAACAGAGAUCUUGA